AUCAUAUUCUAAUAUAUCCUCAUCAUCUUCUUUUGUCACACUCUUUGCCAACUCAAUCAAUCAUAUAUCCACCACUCUGCAAUCUUCAUCAAUCUGAAAUGGGUAGUAGCAGAUGGUUCAGCUUCACAACAUUGUGUAACUGGUGGUUCCGUUACUCCUUCUCUAAAUCCGGCCUAAAAUCAACCACCACCGAUCUCGGCGACGGAACAGUAAUGCAUUGUUGGGUUCCCAAAACAGCUCAAAAACACAAACCUUCUCUUAUUCUCAUCCAUGGAAUCGGAGCCAACGCAAUGUGGCAAUGGAACUCUUUCAUUCCUGAGCUCACACACCACUUCAAUGUUUACGUACCAGACUUGCUUUUCUUUGGAGAUUCUUACACGACCAGACCUGAAAGAUCGGAGCAGUUUCAAGCAAAGUGUGUUAUGCGUGUGCUGGAGGGUCAUGGGGUGAGGGGGAUGAUGGUGGUUGGUUUGAGUUAUGGUGGGUUUGUGGGGUAUAGUAUGGCGGCAAUGUUUCCGGAGAAGGUGGAGAAAGCGGUGGUGAUUUGUGCUGGUGUUUGUUUGGAAGAUAGGGAUAUGGAUGAUGGGAUGUUUCAAGUGAAAAGUGUUGAUGAGGCUGUUGAUGUUUUGUUGCCGCUGACGCCGGAAAUGAUGAAGGAGUUGGUGAAGCUCACUUUUUUUAAGCCUGUUAAAACCUUGCCUAAUUGGUUUCUUAAUGAUUUCAUUGAAGUGAUGUGUAUAGAGUACCGCCAGGAGAGGAAAGAACUAAUCCAAGCACUACAUAAGGAUAGAAAUUUGUCUAAUCUACCUAAGAUUACACAGCCUAUGCAAAUUAUAUGGGGAGAACAUGACCGUGUAUUCCCAUUGGAAUUAGCCCACAGAUUGAAACGACAUGUGGGAGAGAAGGCACAGCUAGUGGUAAUUGAAGAUGCAGGGCAUGCAAUAAACGCAGAGAAACCUAAAGAAAUGUACAAGAAUUUGAAUUCCUUCCUCAUUCAUCCCUUCACAGGGUCUAAGCAAGAAAACCAUAGCAAUGGUUACAAGUUUGAAUAGAAAGCUUAAGUCUGAGAAUUAGAAUAACUUUUUUUCUGCAGUAUUAUUAUGGAUACAUCUAUUUGAACACUUACCAGUUUCCUGGUUAUGAAUCAAUGUAUUGGAAAAUGCUGAAUGUGGGUUGUUGUUGUUGAUACUCAUAAUAUUCCAUUUUAAUA